AUGCCAAAUGAUUCCAAAUUAAAUGUAAAACUUACAUUCGAAUCUGAACGAAAUCUAGUAAAUCGUAUAAUUAUUCAAACUAUACAAGCGAGAUUAAAAAAUUCAGAAGAACAAGACAGACAGGCGAGGAGAGGGCACAAAAAUACUUGUGCUAGAGAAGUUGCGACGAGCCAGAAAGAAGGAAGUGAAACUGACUUAGAUCAUCCAGAUAAUGAAAGAUUAGUUAUCAUUAAGGACAUAAGUUAG